UUUCCGCCAUGGCCAGGCAUGGUAUGUCGCGUCUUUUGAUCUUUUUUGAAAGACAUUCGUGCCAAUGGCAUGUGCAGGUCGUGAACCCUGACACAGUCCCCUCCGCUGUGUCGAAGGAGCGCCCAGCAGGCAAAAAAACUACGUUCCACUGUGUCAGGUUCUUCCCCGCAGGCGACUAUGCUUGGCUUGUGUCGAAAGAUAUCUCCAAGUUGAAGCAACAUGAGAUCGAAGCAUACAUCAACGAACCUCACAAGAAAUCUGGCGACCUUCUGACAGGCUAUCGGAUUGCGCUGGACCCGUCAAAAUGGGAAAAGGAACGUGAAAACGCAGACUUGGCAGCGGUAGAACAGGAGGACAACGCUCCUGUUGAUCAGCUCGACAGUGACAAUGAGGGCGAUGGAACAAAAAAAACAUCCAAAACCAAGAAACGAAAGCGGGAAUCUGAGGCGCCUCCCCCCAAGCCCAAGGCCAAACCCAAGGCCAAAGGUGAGAAAAAGGCUCCCUCAUCUAGAGGGAAGAAGAAUGGUACCAAAUCGAAGGAAAUGGUUGAAUCAGAGGACGACGGCGAGCCAGAAGCCGAAGCUGAGGAGGACGAGGAGGCAGGAUCAAGCGCCAAGGCAGCCCCUCCCCCAUCUAAGAAACCCAAACGAGAAAAGGAGGACGAUGUCGAUCCUGCCUUGGAAGGGGACAUCGAAGCUAAGAAAGUUCGCGAAUGGAGACACAGAUUGCAGAAGGCCCUUCUGGGGAGCAAAGGGUUACCUCCAGUUGACGAAAUGCCUGCUCUUGAUCAACUUUUUUCAACUAUCGAGAAUUAUGAACAUCCCAAUCUUAUACUAUACCUUUCAUUUUCCAAAAUCGGUAAGGUCAUGCGUCACAUUGCUGCUUUAUCCACGGAUAAGGUUCCCCGCGACGACGAAUUCAAGUUCCGGACACGAGCAAAGUCAAUGGUCGACAAAUGGCACGCUAUUCUUGGCGCUAGCAAGGGAAAUGAGAAUACGGUUGAAAGCGUUGUCAACGGUACGCCAGCAGAUGCGAACGCUGCUGCAGAGAAGAAGGUCGAUCUUAUGCAGACGUCUACAGUGGAGAACGGCCCUUCUGCUGCUGCGGACACGUCGUUGGGUGAUGUUACGAUGACAGAAGCAUGAAAUACUCAUAGGCCUCCUCAAUGCAUUCAAGCGUUGUCCUUGUCCUUUCAUAUUUUCUUUCCAACGUGACUUGUACCCUCACGUUCGAGGCUACGACGUCAACUGUAUCACUCACACGCUCAUCGUUGAAGAUAUUUUACAUUUUCAUUUGACACAUUAUUUCCUUGUGACACAUAUGCGGUACAUAUGUUCCAAUGCCAUGCUACGUCGUAUGCUC